AUGCUCUGCCAAGCAUUGUACUUUAUCCUAGUGCUCAGUCUCAGCCCGGUGCUGUCAAGAAACGUCCCGCGCUUCGCCGACUUGGAUGAAGAUGACCAGCACUUGUACCGCGCUGCGUACGACACGCCCUCCUACGACCACGACGAGUAUGAGUACGAGGAAGAUGGCAACAAGCUGGACCUCGUCAAAGACGGACUCUGGGCCAUCAAAGCCAAGAUCAAGGAACUGAAGGCGUUCGACAAAGCACUAGCAGCGAAUAUGCUGGCGACCAAGAUCAAGGUGAAGGAUUUGCUGGAAAAUCAUUUGGGCGAGCUGAAGCAUCAUCAUCACGAUAAGAAGAAGCCAUCGUAUAGCUACCAGGCUCCUUCAUACCACCAGCCUCAAUACCCAGCUCCCCAGUACGGAGGCGCAGGCGCACAGUACCCCGCUCCCCAGUACGGUCACGAUCCUUACUACGGACAUUAGCAUCAACAAACGGUUCCAUGUAUUUGUUUAUUAUUAUUAUUAAAAUAAUGAAUCUCGUUAACUAAAAUUUUUGUUACAAAUAAUUAUUUUCCGGAGCGCUGGACGCAAUUAAUCGUUAAUUCUCAUCCACUUCUUUGUUCAUAAAGAAAACUGUGUUGAAUUAAACAUGACAUAUUUUAUAAAUAAGUAUAGUUCAGAUAUUUUCAAAUA